AUGGAGCAGAGGAUAACUGUGGCGGUGCGUAUUCGCCCUCCGCUGGAGCAGGAGCGCUUUGAGCCCCUCUGCGCUUACAGGGCCAACGACGGCAUUUCCGUCAUCGUCAAGAAUGAGGAGGGUCUCGGCGCUCCUGUCACGUUCCAAUUUGACGACGUUUUCGACACCAGUGAUGACCAGCGUGACGUCUACGAGGAGUGUGUGCAGGAGCUUGUGGAUGCCGCGUUGCAAGGUGCCAACACAACUGUUCUCACCUACGGCCAAACGGGCAGCGGCAAAACAUACACUAUUCUUGGUUCCAUGUCUGGUGGGGACCUGCCCGAGGGGGCUGGUAUAUUUCCUCGCGUGUUUCAUGAUGUAUUUGCCUAUAGAGAUGCUGUACUAAAACAGCAAUACCUUAUUGUUUUUCUUUCCGCGGUUGAACUCUAUAUAGAUGACGUCAUGGAUCUGCUUUCCCGGCGAAAAAAGAUAAAACUUCGCGAAACACCUGAAGAGACACUGACCCCAGGCGUGAACACCAUUGAAUUGCUGACAAUGACGGAUGUGCUGCAGGCGUUUAAUAUGGCCAACGCCUACCGCUCCGUUACAUCCACGAAAUUGAAUGACUCCAGCUCACGUUCACACGCGUUGUUCUUUAUUGAUAUCUUUCAGGUGCCCCUCUCAGCCUCUCCGCAGCGUCCAACGCGAGAAAAACUGAUUGACGCCAGUGGCAUUCCCAUUAGCGGCUCCAUUAAAGGGCUUGUGCGCUCCCGCAUUGCGUUGGUGGAUUUGGCGGGCAGCGAGAGGGUGAAGCGGUCAGGCGUGGAGGGGCAAGCCAUGGUGGAGGCGCAGGCAAUCAAUAAGUCCCUCUCAGCGCUUGGGACGACUAUUAAUGCCAUGUACACGGAGAGCAACCACAUCCCGUUCCGGGAGUCAAAACUGACAAGGCUCCUUAAACACUCGUUUGUCGACAGGGCGUCACGCCUGCUUCUUAUUGGUCAGAUUGCCCCACCCAACGCGAGCGCGCAGGAGUCGCAGGGGACCUUGCGCUUCUGUGACCGCGUGAAGGGCCUUAAGGCGGGCAAAGUGACCGCCUUUCUCGACCCUGCGGAAGAGGAGCGCUACCUUAGGUCGCUGCGCCAGCAGGAGGAGCUCACUGCCGAGCUUCGCAUUGCCGCUGUUGAGUACUACUACCAACCAAUGCGUCCUCUUCUCCUGGCGCGAGUACAGAACAUUAGCGUGGAUCAGGCUCGCCGAACAUGCAUCGCUUCGCUGCAGAAGGACGCAGAUAGUAUUGUGGCACGCAAGGAAGAGGAGUGCCUUCGCGCCAUGGAGGCGGAGAUUGAGUUGGAGCAGAGAGAGAAGGUGCACGCGUUUGUGGAGAAAAUGAACCAAAUGAUUGACGAGUAUGAAUCGGUGUCUCAGGCCGUAAAGAAGAUGAAGAAAGAGGUCAAGCGACAGAAGGAAGCACAGAAGGCGGAACAGGAGGAAAAAGUUAUGGAGGCCAAAAAGGCCAAAAAGAACCGUGUAAAAAAUCAGGCGAAGGUGGAGGAACUAACUGUCGCUGUUCAAGAGGCGGAUAGGGUUCUGAGCGAACUCGAGGCGGCGUGUGCGGCUCCUUUGGACGAAGACGCAAAGGAGCCUGCAGAGGCGCUCACAGUGGAGGAAAGGCCCGAGGACAACUCAGUUCAUCUGUUGAUGGAGACCUUCCACGCUCACGCGACGGAGCUUGGGCACCUUCAUGAUUUAUACGCCCAUUGGUUGGGGGCCACGCAGCGGCAACGCUCGCAGGUGCGCCGCGCGAAGCUUUUAUCUUCUGCCAUCAUCAUGGAUGGCACGCUGGUGUACGAUAUCAUCGACUUCGUCAUUGACCGCUCAGUUGACAUCGCCGAGGGGGCAAUUAGCCCGAGGCAGAAGUACUCGUGGGGCGAUAUAGAUGGCUUCAGUUGCGCCCUGCGCAGCUGGGAGCACUUGUAUCCGCCGUUGGUGACAACAGCGGUGAGCGGAGACGAGGCAUGUGUUCCGAGCGCGUACCACAACAUCACCUUUCUCAGCUCCGACGAUAGCGACGGGGAAAACUCGCACCAUCGUGAGGAGACGCGCAUGCGUCGUGUCGCAGGCGAAUUUGCUGACGAACAGUUACUCGCACAUGGCGAGGAAUCCGAGCCGUCGAUACAAAGCCCAAAGAAUGCAUUAGGGGGCGCGGCGGCGCAGGGAAAAACUAGGGAAACGGACAGAAGUGCAGCACAGCGAAGGAGAAACAUGGAAUACGGAGUUACACCGACCCCAGCAGAAGGUGGGACUGCCGCUGCGCAUGAGCGUGACAAUGAGGACGACUAUGGUGACGCGGAGGAGCGUGGCCGCGAAGAAAGAGGAACGGAGACUCUCGGCCCAAGCAAGGAAGAGAAUGAGGUUGGCGAAAAUGUGGAGAAUGUUGACCAAAAAAGGCCAAAGCGCGCUAUGCGUGAUAAUGAAUACCUCAUGCGCGUAUACGACUCCCCAACCCUCGUGCAGGACCUUAUCCGAUUUCUACGUUGUGGAACUGUGAUGCUAAAGCAUGGACGCAGCGGAAAGCCACACCGUCGUCACUUUUGGGUUUCAAUUGCACAAAACUCACGGAAACUACUUUGGUCGGACCCCGAAACAAAAAUCGCAGCAGAGCGCUCAUCGAUUAAUCUCGACGAUGUCGGCUUCCUCCAACUGGGGUGCCUCAGUAAGGUCUUCAAACGCCACCACGUCCCGCCGACGGACCCCAGCUUCUACCGCAGCUUCACCGUUGGACUGAAGGACGGCGGACGCACGGUCGACAUUGUCGCCGACACCCUGCCGGACUUCGAGGCGUGGAUUGUCGGACUCUCCAACUUGGUACGCGUGGACCCUGUGUGGGGCGGAAAACUUGACAUUACAAAGGAGACACAAUUUGACCACCUCAACUGCUUCGAGGCAGCUCUCUGUGAGAGCAACUACAUCUACCCCUCGCAGUACAUUGCGCUUAAGAAGCGAGUAAAACGGAUUGCGUCAAAGGCGCUGACCGCCUUGGAAAAGUGCGGCAACGAUGCAGCAAAGGCCCAAAAGCUGCUUUCUGGGAUCCAUCCCCCGGCGGUGAACGAUAAGGGGGCGGUGUACCUCACCAAGGGGGAGCUCCGGUUCAUUGGACAAAGUGAGAUGGAUAUUCUCCGCAUAACAAAGGUGUGGAUUUUGUUUCAGCAGAUGAACCUGGUCUAUGAUGACAACUUCGUCCCGGCAACAACGUUCGGUGUCACUGAGCGCCACUAA